UCCCGAAACCGGAGGCCUAGGCCUAGGAAGCGCGCAGACUCAGACACGGCUGGGCGGGGCCGAGCGCUGGCCACGUGCUGCAGCCGGGCCGCUCUCGGUUCGCCAUGGGUUCCUGCGGGCCUGUGGGUUCCGUGCGGGCGCGCUACCUUGUGUUCUUCCAAUACUUGGGCACGGACUUCAAUGGGGUCGCGGCUGUGAGAGGCAAUCAGCGCGCCGUUGGGGUGCUGAACUUCCUGGAGGAGGCUGCGAAGCAGCUGAGGUCGGUCGUGGAGCCAGUCAAGUUUACCAUCUCCAGCCGCACUGAUGCUGGAGUGCACGCCCUGAGCAAUGCGGCGCAUCUGGACAUCCAGCGCCUCUCGGACCUGCCGCCCUUCUCCCCUGAGGUCGUGACCCAGGCCCUCAACACCCACCUGAAGCACCCGGCCAUUCGGGUACUGAAAGCCUUCAGAGUGCCCAGUGACUUCCACGCUCGCCAUUCAGCCACCUCCAGAACCUACGUGUAUCGUCUAGCCACAGGCUGCCCCUGGCCUGAUCAGCUGCCUGUAUUUGAACAAAAAGUAUGCUGGGCUGUGCAGACAGACUGCCUGGAUGUGGUUGCCAUGCAGGAGGCUGCCCAGCAUCUCCUUGGGACACAUGACUUCAGUGCCUUCCAGUCCGCCGGCAGCCCAACCACAAGCUCCAUACGCACAUUAUACCAGGCAUCUGUGUCCCCUGGCCCACCUAGCCCAUUUGUCCUCCCGGAAGAGAGCAGGAGGCUACAGUUCUGGACCUUGGAGUUUGAGAGCCAGUCUUUCCUGUACCGACAGGUACGGAGGAUGACAGCUGUACUGGUGGCUGUGGGACUAGGGACUCUGACACCUAUCCAGGUGAAGGCAAUUUUGGAGAGUCGAGAUCCUUUGGGCAAAUACCAGUCUCGCAUCGCCCCAGCCCAUGGCCUGUUCCUGAAGUCAGUGCAGUAUAGGAGCCUUGGUCCUACCUCCUGCACCCUACAGGGUCACAGUGUGGAAACCAGGUGAUUGCAUAUUCACAGAUGUGAGGAGCCACAACACACUAAGUCUGACUGCCAACCUUGUCCUGUGUUCACUACAUGAAGCAGAGACUAAGCCAUUCC